AUGGCGCCAAAAGCCGUCCAGGGCCACGUCCUCGACUUGACCGAGGCGAGGGGCGUCAAGCUCUACUAUGAGGUCCAAGGGCCGCUCCGACGAGAGUAUCAAGGUGAGAAGGAGGAAGUGCUGUUCCUCCUCAUGGGCUCGACGGCCGACCUUCGAAAAACCACCGACCAGCAGUAUGUCAAUGCAUCCAUCGGCUUCUUUAAGGUUCUGGCCUACGAUCACCGGAACACGGGGAGGUCGACAAUCAAGGACGAGCCAUGCACGAUGGAAGACUACGCCGACGACGCGGCCAUGCUGCUGGAGAAGCUGUUUCCAGAGAGGCUUCCGGUCAACGUCCUCGGCAUCUCCUUCGGCGCGAUGGUGGCGCAGCACCUCGCGUUGAGGCGGCCAGAGCUGGUGAAGCGGCUGGUGCUUUGCUGCGGUCCGGCUGGCGGAGAAGGGGGCAUGUCCUACCCCAUCCACGAGUGGUACGAGCCCUCGGUGACCAUGGAGACGCGCGUUACGCGGAAGAUGUUCCAGGCUAACAAGUCCAGAGAUGCCGCCUGGAAGGAGAGGUGCAAGAGCGAGUGGGAGAUGGUCUAUACCCUUCUGAUGAGGGAUGAGAAAGUUGGCCUGGAGGAGCCCCUGCGCAUGCAGGGUGUCCAGCGGCAGCUGGAGGCGCGGCGCGCGCACGAUACCUGGUCGAAGCUGCCAGAGCUGCAGAUGGACGUGCUGGUUUGCGGCAGUCCAGAAGAUAACAUCACCCCUGUCGCUUUGCUCGAGAAGCUCGCAGCGCGGAUCGGCUGCGAGUCGAAGCUGGACUUCGAGGGCGGCCAUGCUUUCGCUGCCGCGGAUGCCAAAUGCUUGCCCUUCAUCAACGAGUGGCUGCGAAGGCCUAUGCAUCAAGACGCCACCAACGGGCACAGCGUCCAGUGGCGCGUCAUCGGCGGUGCCGAUAAGGGCGGAAUCAUUGUCCGAACUGGCCCUGGGCUCACCGAUGAGCAGGCGAAGGAGCGCCUGGCCACGGGGAGCCUGGUGGAGGAGUUGGAGAAGAAUGGAGAGCGGAUCCGGUACCGACUGCAGCAGGGCUCUGGCCCUCGCGAGGGCUGGGUGACUCUACGCCUGGCCGGGGGGAAGGAUCGGGACAAGGAAGGCCGCGACCGCGACAGCAGUGGAGUGACUGCUGACAUGAUGAUCAGUGGUGCUAAUUUUGCCUUGGAGGUGGGAUGGGUGGGUGGAGGAUCACCUGUACCAAUCUUCGCUUCCGCCGCCACCUUGCCGAUUUUCGUGGAUAUAGAGUACAGGGUCGUCAACAAGAGAGCCGGCCAACUAGGCCUGCGACUCCGUCGCUCGCGCGACGGCCGGAUCUUUGUCACCGGCACCGGCGGCCAGCUUGCAGAUGUGCUGGAGAGGCGGCGGUCGUACGCGUCAGAGAUCCUGUCGCAGCGCUUGCCUCUCUGCGGCGACGAAGUACUCGCAGUGAAUGCGCGGCACACGAUCCAAGACAUUCUGGCCAUCUUGCACCAGGCCACGGAGCGGGCGACAGUCCUCCACUUCGUCCUCCGUCGACACGCCGACGCGGUCAACAUCAAAGCGGCCGAUUGCAGGUUUCCAGCAAGGGCGACCCCUGCGCGGCAGCCGCUCAGCAGCCGAAGGUGCUGCGAGGCCGAUGAGGCUGCUCACAAGGGCACAAACGAGCACCGCCAGCCCGCCGGCGCCAAGCUCUUCGACGCUACGAGCUUGCCCUGCCCAGGUGCGCCCGCAGUGCCAGAGCCGGAGGACUACGCGGCACCCUGGGAGGUGCAGGAGGAGUCCGGAGAGGCGGUCGGCUCGGACGGGCCUGCCACGGACGCCCCUAGCGCCGAGACCCAGCCGGUGCAGAUGAGUGGAUGGGAGUGCCGCGGCGUGCAGUGGUUCCAUCCAGAAACACAGGAGUGUUUCAAUGAGGGCGACCGCAGCAGCGGUUGGUGCAAGUACCUGGGGGACGACGAUCGGCCCUGGUACUGGCACGAGGCCACCGGGCGCUUCUUUCUGACCUGA